GACUAUGUAGCCCUCCUAGAUGCGUGCAUUAAAUCCGGUUCGCUGUUCUCUGACUCAACCUUCGCCCCGGACCAGAGCUCAAUCGGUAUGCCUACCGACCCGGAUCCCAAAAAGGAGAUCAAGUGGCUGCGACCCAAGGAAUGUUUGGUGAUCAUCUAGGGAUGCCUUGAAGAUGGACCAGUCGAUCGUGAUCGACCGAUUGGUGACAACUGGGCUACAUCAGGGUUCCCCCAGCUAUGCAGUGCUAGGGAAGAAAAAAAAGUGCACCCAGGGGGGGCCCCAGGACAGAGUUUGGGGAACCCUGGUCUACAUGAUAGCCAGCCAUGUGGUCACUCUCAAAAACAUACUUCUAAAUUGCAAUAGUCAAAUUUCUUAGUCAUGCUUAUUUUAUGGAUAUCUGUAGCCUAUGUUAUCAUUUUUACAUUGACAUUAUGAAUUGAGGUUGAUGAGGAUAUGCGUAGCUCUAGUUGUGUACAAUUGGGUGAUGCUCCUGGACAGAUGUAGGCUACACCAGAGCUGACUCACUGUCAGGUGUGAGAGAGAGAAGAGAGCGAAUUGACAGAACGGAGAAUGUUGAGAGAAAAGAAAGAGAACUUACAGAGUUUGUGCCAAACAGCUGGACAGGAAAUCACUAAAAGCAGAAAAGACAUGGAAAGAGGAGAACAACCGAAGAAGCCAUGGAACGUCUGUGAUGCAGUUGAAAUCAGGAACAUUGCUUUGUCAUCAUCCAGUCAACUGUUAUGUGAAUGAAACAAAGAGUUACACAUUCCCUCAGACAGUGUAAACUGUAGUCUUGAACUCUGCCCUGUGUCUCUCUCUCUCUCUCUCUCUGCAGGAGAUCAGUGCCAAUGCUGUGUUUGUGGAGGACACAACCUGCACCACCGAUAUCUGCCAGGGCCAGCUGGGUGACUGUUGGCUUCUGGCUGCCCUGUCCUGCCUUACCAUGCACCCCAAUCUCUUUGUCAAAGUGGUACCACCUAAUCAGAGCCUGACAGAAUCCUAUGCUGGCAUCUUCCACUUCACGUUCUGGCAGUAUGGUGAGUGGGUGGAGGUGGUAGUGGAUGACAGGCUGCCUGUACGCGGAGGCCGCCUGCUCUUCAGCUACUCCUGUACCCGCAACGAGUACUGGAGCGCCCUGGUGGAGAAAGCCUAUGCCAAGCUGAUCGGGUCAUAUGGCAGUCUGAAGGGGGGUAAUAUCUCUGAGGCGAUGGAGGACUUCACAGGGGGCAUAGCCUACUCCCUCCCUGUAUCCUCACGCACCCCCAGGAUCAUGUGGAAAGCCCUCUCUGAUGCCCUGUCCCGUGGCAGCCUGCUCAGCUGCUUCAUACAGGCUAGUAACUAUCUUGAGAUAGGCACAGUAACUGCAGAGGGACUGGUGAAGGGCCAUGCCUACGCCAUCACAGACACUGACACGGUGAAGAAGUCAGCUGGUGAGGCCUUGUUGCUGAGGCUGAGGAACCCCUGGGGCUUUGUGGAGUACUCUGGACCCUGGAGUGACAAGAGUAAAGACUGGGAUGAUGUGAAUGCUGCUGAAAAGAAAAGGAUUGAGCUGAAAAAUAGUGAGGACGGAGAGUUCUGGAUCAGUGCGGAGGACUUCAGCAAGCUGUUUGGCACAGUGGAGCUGUGCAGUGUGGACCCUGACCCCAUAGUGGAUGAGGACACACCCACCGACCCCGACUCCCCUGCCGCCCCCAUCUCUUCCUGGUCCCUCAGCUCCCAUAAAGGCUCCUGGGUUUCGGGCUCCACUGCAGGGGGAAGCUGUACUUACCCUCGAUCCUUCUGGAAGAAUCCCCAGUUCCAGCUUGUCCUUGCCGAGCAUGAUGACGAUCAUGCGAUGACUCCGGAGGAGAAGAAGGUGGCCGAGAAUCAGAAGGAGAAAGCGAAGCAGUGCACCGUGUUGGUGGAACUACUGCAGAAAAACCGGAGAAAGAAGGACAAAGUCAACUUCCUCCACAUCGCCUUCCACAUCUACAAGGUUCCUCCAAAGCUCCAGGGCCUGUGUCUGGACCAGAGCUUCUUCUCUUCCCAGCAGCCUGUGGGGAGUUCUGGGAAGUACCAGCCCCUGAGGGCUGUGUGGAGGGAGGUGAGACUGGACCCGGGAAACUAUGUGAUUCUGGCUUCCACCUACAGUCCCAACCAGCCUGCGGAAUUCUUCCUCCGCGUCUAUUCCAAGACCGGCAACAAUCUGGGGACCAAAGAUUUCACCUGCUCCACUGGCUUCAUCAUGGUAAUGUCAAUGCCACCAGUGUUGCCAGAGGAUCGCAAGAGAGUACAGAAGACCUUUGAUGAGAUGGCGGGGCCUGACGACAAGCUGAAUGCUAAGGAGUUCAUGAAGCUGGUUAACUCAGUUUUGGAGAAAGACUACCAGCUGCCACUGGAGACAUGCAGACAGCUCAUCUUUGGAGAGGAUACUGGGGGGCGUAGCAGUCUGACCCGAGAGCAGACAGAGCCUGUGCUGGCCUCUCUUCGCAGUCUGCAGUCCAUCUUCUUCAAGUUUGAUCAGGACUCUUCAGGGACCAUGAGCCCCUUUGAGCUUAGUCUGGCCCUCCAGGCUGCAGGGGUGCAGUGUGAUGGCCAGGUCAUACAGCUGCUGUGGGAGAGGUUUGGCUCUGGGGAGCCGCAUCUGCCUUUCCAUGGCUUUGUGGCCUGUGUCACCAGGCUGCGCAAGCUAUUCGCCCUGUAUAAAUCAGAGAGCAACCCAGAGGUCAAAGAUGUGGGAAUCAAUGCCUGGCUGCUCAAACUCCUGACCGUGUGAGUGUGCUCUGCAAACGGGGUCUCCGCGUGGGCAUUCUGUCUGACCAGGACCAUAUGAUAACAUCAUGCUUCUGUCGGCGUCCACACACACACACACACACACACACACACACACACACAAUCCCUGAACUUUGUCACCAUACUAUACACCACUGCCAUAUUGUCCUAUAGUGCUUUACAUUCAUUUACAUGGAUAGUACCUCUGGAGUUAGUGUCACUACUAAUGUAUUUGAUGUGUACACAGAUAUGAAUCUGUAAAUGUUCAUUUGUUUCAGCUAUUUCCGCAAAGUAAUUGAGUCAAGUAUUUUCAGUUUUACAGCCAAGUAUGUCUUAAAACUCAAAUAAUGAGGUGGUAUUGCCCAACAGCUGAAAUAGUGAAAAUGUAUUUGAAGCUCUGGAAAUUAAAAUGAAAAACGCAAUAAUGAAAUGCAUCCGAAAAUAAAUCUUUGCAAACAUGAA